UCCAAGCUCUAAUCUCAUUGCAUUUCAACCCAUAAAACCGCGUACUUGUCACCUUCAACCUCCAGACAAAAUCCUAAAUCCUCACCCAUGGAGUUUUCUGUUGUUUCAGAGCUUGAAGGAACUCUUCUCAAAGACCCUGAUCCUUUCUCUUACUUCAUGUUGGUAGCAUUCGAAGCUUCGGGUUUGCUUCGUUUUGCAUUGUUGUUGAUUUUAUGGCCUGUCAUUCGCUUGCUAGACAUGUUAGGGGUGGGAGACUUUGGCUUAAAGAUAAUGAUCUUUGUUGCCACCGCCGGUGUUCGUGAAUCGGAGAUUAAAUCGGUGGCAAGAGCAGUUCUGCCGAAGUUUUUUAUGGAUGAUAUUAAUAUGGAGGCAUGGAAAGUGUUUAGCUCUUAUGAUAAAAGAGUUGCAGUGACUAAAAUGCCUAGUAUUUUGGUCGAGAGGUUUUUGAAGGAACAUUUGCGAGCUGAUGAAGUUGUUGGAAGUGAACUUGUGGUGAAUAGAUUUGGAUUCGCUACAGGUUUUAUAAGAUGUGUUCAUGUUGAUUCUUAUAUUUCAAGUAGAGUUGCUAAGCUGUUUAUGGAUGAAAAACCCACUUUAGGAUUAGGAAGGACUGCUUCAGGUUCUCCAUUCUUGUCUCUUUGCAAGGAACAAAUGCACCCACCAUUCAUCAUCAACCACAAGCAACAUGAUCACCAGCUAAUCCGCCCUCUCCCGGUGAUCUUCCAUGACGGCCGCCUCGUCAAGCGCCCAACACCGUUCACUGCUCUGCUAAUAAUCCUCUGGAUUCCACUAGGAAUUAUUCUUGCAUUAAUGAGGAUUGUAGUGGGAAUGAUGUUGCCAAUGUGGGCUAAACCCUACUUAGCCCGAUUAUUUGGAGGCAAAGUCAUAGUCAAAGGCAAACCACCACCGCCAGCUUCCGACGGCAAAAGUGGUUUUCUAUUCGUGUGCACUCAUCGAACGCUAAUGGACCCUGUGGUCUUAUCCACAGUGCUCAGACGAAAAAUCCCAGCAGUAACAUACUCCAUCUCUCGAUUAUCAGAGAUCUUAUCACCAAUCCCCACCGUCAGAUUGACAAGAAUCCGAGAAGUGGACGCCGAGAAAAUCAAACGGGCAUUAGCUAAAGGAGAUCUUGUAGUCUGUCCAGAGGGCACAACGUGUAGAGAACCAUUUCUAUUGAGAUUUAGUGCACUUUUUGCAGAAUUAACAGACAGAAUAGUUCCAGUGGCGAUGAAUUACAGAGUAGGGUUUUUUCAUGCAACUACAGCAAGAGGAUGGAAAGCUUUGGACCCAAUCUUCUUCUUCAUGAACCCUAGACCAGUAUAUGAAGUGACAUUCUUGAAUCAGCUGCCAAUGGAGGCUACAUGCUCGUCAGGGAAGAGCCCACAUGACGUAGCUAAUUAUGUGCAGAGAAUCUUAGCAGCUACGUUAGGGUUUGAAUGCACAAAUUUUACGAGGAAAGAUAAGUACAGGGUUCUUGCAGGGAAUGAUGGAACGGUGUCGUAUACUUCUCUUCUUGAUCAGAUGAAGAAGGUGGUGAGCCCCUUCAAGCCCUUUUUUCUCUAAUUUUUAAGAUGAGAUGGGAAUAAAAUUUUUUUUUCUGUUUAUUAUUAUAAUUAUUUGUGGGAUCCAUCCAUCGUUUUUGUUCUGUAAAUGUUUUUUUUUUUUAAACAUUAUUUCUGGAAUUGUUGAAUAA